AUGGCGGCCUCUCAACCAUUGACCUCGUCGAUUCAACCGACUGACGCAAGCCCACCCUGCCAUACCCCUCGGCGCAUAAACAUUGCUAACCAUUGCCCAACAACAGAUGAAGUAUCAGCAAUCAUCCUCGACCCAGGCUACUCCAGUGUUCGCGCAGGCUUCGCAGGAGAAGAUACCCCGAAAUCCUUUGUCAAUUCGCAUUACGGUGUCUCGGACGCUGGUAAAUUUACCUUUGGCGACGAUGCGAUUCACAACCCCUUGGCCGGCUUGGAUAUUCGGAAUCCCAUGUCGAAGGAGGGGAUUGUGGAGGAUUGGGAUACAGCAACACAAUUAUGGGAAUACGCAAUCACAUCUCGGCUCACAUCGUUUAAGCAGUCAGAUCCCAGGACAAACGGCCUAAACGACCCCUCCGAAAUCGCAAUGGACGUCGAGGAAGUCGAAGAAGGAGAGAGAACAUUGGGGGAACAUCCAUUGCUCAUGACAGAAACAGCCUGGAACACCACCAAGAACCGCGAAAAAGCCAUCGAAAUCGCCAUGGAGUCUUGGGGCUGCCCCGCCUUCUGGCUCGCGCGAAACAGUGUAAUGGCCGCCUUUGGCGGCGGGAAAGCUACAUCCCUUGUAAUCGACGUCGGCGCCUCCACCGCCUCAGUAAUCUCCAUCCACGACGGGCUCAUCCUCAAGAAAAGUGUGCAAAAGUCGCCUGUAGCAGGCAACUGGCUCUCGUCGCAACUCCGCUCGCUUUUCGCAUCCACAGAGCCCAAAGCAAACCUCGUGCCGCACUUUGACAUCGCAUCGAAAACUCCCGUCGAUGCAGGCGCCCCGGCGCAGGCUACGUAUCGCAAGUACGAGAAUAAGAUCCCGGAUAGUUUUCGCGCGUUCGAAGAGGAGCGCGUGCUGACGGAAUUCAAGGAGUCCGUGGUGCAGGUCUGGAAUGGCAUGGGGCGUCUGAACACCGUCAACGCGAACGGCGUAUCGAACACCGACUACGUGAAAUCGCAGCCCGGGCGCGUCUUCGAGUUCCCGGAUGGCGCGAACCAGAUGUGGGGCGUGGAACGCAUGAGUGUUGCAGAAGGCCUUUUUGACGAACGUGCUGCGCUGCCGAUUCCCAAUGAGCCGGCGCUUACAAAGGCGCAGACGAUUCCGGAGAUGGUGAGGCAGAGUCUGGCGGCUGUUGAUAUUGAUCUGCGGCCGCAUCUUCUCGGGAACGUGGUGGUUACGGGUGGCACGACGUUGAUUAAUGGGUUUACGGAUAGGUUGCAUAAUGAGCUUACGGCCAUGUAUCCUGGGGCUAGGGUUAAGAUCCAGGCUGCGGGGUUGACGGCUGAGAGACGCUUUGGGAGCUGGAUUGGAGGCAGCAUUUUGGGGAGUCUGGGCACGUUUCAUCAGAUGUGGAUUAGUCGGAAGGAGUAUGAGGAAUUUGGGGUUAAUGUUGUCGAGAAAAGGUGUAAAUGA